AUGAGUCACCACGAAGACCCAUUCUCCAAUCAAGAUCAGGCAGAUAGAGAUGCGGAGAAGCAAGAUGACACUGAUGGUGAAAUCCGUUCUCCUGGGGGUACUACUAGGCCCAGCCGCCGAAAGAAAGAGGGUGCAGAUGGAGCUGUCGAUGGGCAGGCCAGAGAUGAGUUGAAAGAAUGGGAGUGUUACGACAAGUUAGGAUAUUCCUAUCCCUGGUGGAAGAAAUGGAGUAUCCUCUCCGUCAUCUUUGCUGUCCAAACAUCCAUGAACUUCAAUGCUAGUUUCUAUGCCAGCAGCAUCACCCUGUACGCGAAACACUUCAGCAUCUCAGAGCAGGCCGCACGUAUUGGUCAGAUGGGAUUUCUCGUUGCCUAUGCAUUUGGCUGUGAGUUUUGGGCACCUUUCAGCGAAGAGUUUGGUCGAUGGCCAAUCAUGCAGCUCAGUUUGUUCUUCGUCAAUAUUUGGCAAAUCCCCUGCGCUCUGGCUCCCAACUUUGGCACCAUUGUUAUCUGCCGUAUUCUCGGUGGUUUAUCCUCCGCGGGGGGCUCUGUAACACUCGGCAUGGUAGCAGACAUGUGGGAGCCAGAGGAUCAACAAUAUGCUGUGGCUUUCAUUGUGCUAUCCUCUGUGGCAGGCUCGGUCAUUGCCCCAGUCGUUGGGGGCUUUGUGGCAACCUUCCUGAGCUGGCAUUGGAACUUCUGGCUACAGCUUAUUCUUGGAGGCUUUGUACAGAUAUUGCACUUCUUCAUUCCCGAGACCAGGUGCAGUAUUCUUAUCACGAGAGAGGCUAGGCGGAGGCGGAAAAAUGGGGAUAUGGUGUGGAGUGGCGACGAGCUGAAGAAAACUCGCAUGUCCUUCCGCUGGGUGUUCAUGGUUUGGAUACGACCGUUUGUUAUGUUCAUGCGUGAGCCUAUCGUCCUAUGCCUAUCUCUGCUCAGCGGCUUCAGCGAUUCUCUCAUCUUCACUUUCCUCCAAUCUUACACGCCGGUAUACAAGCAAUGGCACUUCACUACAAUUACAACUGGACUUUCAUUCCUCCCGUGA